AAAUGCUAAUUUCUUAAAAGCCUUCUGUAUCACAGAGAAAAAGAGGAAUCAAAAACUUACAACAUGCUUGGAAGCAGGGUUCAAGUACACCUUGAGGUGGGAUAAGAAUACUUUUUAUUCCUUAAAUCUGCAUCAGCAGGGAUUCGUACCUGGAACCAACAAUAAAACUUCGAUUUUAAGAUAAUGAUGAAUUCUAAAUUCAUUCUAAAAUCGGAAAAUGAGAAAUAGAGAACAAGAGGGACGAUAAUGAUAAACUGAAAAUAUACGGGUUUAAAUGCCAGGAUAGAUCGGAGAGAAUCAUGUUCCAGGGGAGAGUUUUCAGAUUGAUUCACGAACCCCAGGAAGAUUGAACAAUAAACCCCAGGAAGAUUAAACAAUAAACCCCAGGAAGAUUGUACCAGUAACCCUAAAAAGAUUGAACCAGGAAACCCAGGAAGAUUGAACCAGGCAAUCCAAAAUGAUUGUACCAGAAACCUCAAGAAGAUUGAACCAGGAAACCCAGGAAGAUUGAACCAGAAACCCCAGAAAGAUUGAACCAGGAAACCCAGGAAGAUUGAAAAAGGAACCCCAGGAAGAUUUUGGCAGAAACCCCAGGAAGAUUGAACCAGGCAACCCAAAAUGAUUGUAACAGAAACCCCAAGAAGAUUGAACCAGGAAACCCAGGAAGAUUGAACAAGGAAACCCAGGAAGAUUGUAGCAGAACCCCAAGAAGAUUGUACCAGAAACCCCAAAAGAUUCAACUAAGAAUCCCCAGAAGAUUGAACCAGAAACCCCAGGAAGAUUGAACCAGGAAAGCCAGGAAGAUUGCUAAAAGAGUUAUGUCAAAUGAGCUUGAUUCAGCAAAGGUCGGAGAUGGUAACCCUGUGUGUUUGGUUCUGCAUUUUUUCAUGGAGAAAUGAUAUGGUUUGUGGAGAAAAAAAUGAAAUAAAGCAACCCUCUGAUGAGUCCAUUCGAUACCCCUCAAACUCCUUAUCAUCCUUUCAUUCCAAGACUCCAUCUGCCUCCAAUCCACCAUCUCAACCUUCUCAUCCGUCUUUAACCUCCUCUCCCUCUCCCUCAUCUUUUACUGAUCUAAUAUCUCACACGUCCGACACAAGAUUUCAGACAAAAGGCUUGGAUAAACCUGAGAGUUUAUUUAUCUUUUUCUCCGAUACCAGUCUAAAUGCUGAGACACUAAGGUUGCCUACUGAAAUUCAGCAUCAUGGUCCUUCUGUGAGCUAUCGUGACACGAACAUAGAUCAGGAUCAAAGAUGGGAAAAUCAGGAAAGAUUCAAGAAUGAGGUUGGAGAAAAUUUUGAAAAAUGUGAAAGUUCACUAAAGGAGGAAUAUCGAAAUUUUAAGAACGGAGAGAAGAGAGAUCAAAGUGUAAACUUGAGGACUGGAAGGAAGACGAAAAAUAAUGAUAAUAUGCGGGGGGAAAAGUUUGAAAUACAUUCUGAUAUUCUUGAAAAACAACAGCUUUCAACUUUACCAAGUGAUAAUAAACUUUCAGAAGAACCCAGGAAACCAAGACUUUCAAGUAGUUUAAACUUUUCUAAUUACAGUUCAUCUUUAGACAUGGAAGAACGAGAAAUAUAUCAAGCCAGAAAUGAAAGAAUUCCGGGGAAUCAUGAAGCCAGCCGAUCCAAUAUAUCUACCGUAACAAAUAUAUCUUAUAGAUCAAAUACAAAAUAUAUAUCUAAACGUUCCGAAGGGUCUGAUCCAGCUGAUUUAUCCUAUUACUCUGGUAACCCUGAUAGAUCUAUUAAAUCUAUUAAAUAUGAUGGAACUGAUAGAUCUAGGAGAGAGAGAAGAGACCCAGAUAUUACCACCCUAGGCAAUAGAGGGGUAAGACGGAGCCAAGAAGGAUUGGUUUCUCAAUCUAUACUGCGACAUACGCUCAACAGUGAAAUCACCCCAAAAAAACUUAACACUGAUCAAAGCAAUAAACGAGGUGCCAGAUCUAAACGAAAUGAGAUGUUAUCUCGGCAAACCAACAAUCCUAGUUUUAACCCUGAGAAAGAAUCCUAUUCAUGGAUAAACCCGGAGCGUGAAGAUAGUAUUGUCUCAGGGGCAUAUUCACCAAAUAAUGAAAAUUAUUCAUUGGACUCUAAUAUUUAUUCAGGACCUAGACUGUAUUCUUUUUCUGGAAAAUACAAUUUGAGCUCAAAUCAAUAUCAUACAACGCAAAAUAGGCCAAACAGUGAUGAUUAUCAUAGAAAUACUGGUACAUAUCAACCCGGUGAACAAAAUCAAAAAAACAUCAAGCCAUAUCAACGAACUACGUUCGUAUAUCAAUAUCCACAUCCUAUAGUUCAGCUUAAUCAUAGGAGACACCAAUCCAACAAUGCAGAUGAUCCCAUUUUCAUAAAUCGGAAACAUAAAAACCAAAUGUUAUUGUCAAAACAAGCUUUAGUGAGAGAAUUUUAUCCUGGAGCCAACUUUAAGACAGGGCAACAAGUUAAUCCUAGCCAGGGAAUUAAUGCCAGAACUAAUAUUAAAAAGAUCGGGUUGAAUGAGAAUGGUUUGGAAGUAUCGCAAGUUCGAAUCAACCUGCUGGCUGGAGUUGCAAAGAGAAACGCUGCUCAGGGUAAAGUAAACUACAGGGAGGUUGAGAAGAGGAUACUGGACGGAAUUCUUGGUCCUCAGGUGUAUGACAAUAGAAUGCGCCCUCAUGGUGAAAAUUCUACAAAUGGAGCAACUAAUGUACAUGUAAACCUGUAUAUUCGAAGCUUUGAAAAGAUUGACGAUGUCAAGAUGGAAUACAGUCUACAGAUUACUUUCAGGCAACAGUGGAAUGAUAAUAGACUAAAGUAUGAUAAUAUAAACGGAAGAAUUAAAUAUCUUACGAUGACAGAAAAAUCUAAGGUCUGGAUGCCUGACACAUUCUUUCGAAAUGAAAAAAUUGGGAGAUUUCAUCAAAUUCUUCAACCUAAUCUGUAUGUCAGAGUUUUUCCUGACGGGGAUAUUCUUUACAGUAUUAGAGUAUCUCUGACUCUCUCAUGCCCGAUGAACCUAAAGCUAUUUCCCUUGGAUACUCAGACUUGUCAUCUUCAAGUUGCUAGCUAUGGUUGGACAACUCUAGACUUAGAAUACUCGUGGAAGGACCCUGCUGUAGAAACAGUCAAGGAUCUAUUUCUGCCUGGUGGAUUUGAACUCGCCAACUAUAAUAACAGUAGAUGUAAUGUGAAAACUGCCACAGGUGAGUACAGCUGCCUGUCUGUUGACAUGGUAUUUAAACGGCAGCUGUCCUACUAUAUUGUGACUAUUUAUGUUCCAACCUUCAUGAUAGUUUGUGUCUCCUGGAUGUCCUUUUGGUUAGAUCAUAAAUCCGCCCCCGCUAGGGUUGCACUUACAGGUAAUAAAAUGUAAUACGUUUU